AUGGAUUUAGGACCUGCAUUGACUCUGCAGAAGGGUUGUAAGAGACGAGGUAAAGGUCCUUAUAUAGGUGUCCGGUUGAGGGGGGGAAGAUGGGUCUCUGAAAUACGCAUUCCAAAGACCAAGACAAGGAUAUGGUUGGGUUCUCAUCGCUCACCGGAGAAGGCAGCUAGGGCAUAUGAUGCAGCCUUGUAUUGUUUAAAAGAGUUUUCUUGUUUGGAUGAGCCAUCAAUGGAAAUAUCAAAGCCUUCUCCACAGGUAACACACCUUUCGCUUGAUCCGCCAGUUUUACCAGAUCCACAGAGAAUGAAUGAAAGGGAUUCAAACAUGGUUGAUGAUGAACCACAUGUCCCAGCUUAUGUGCCAGAGGAGGAGCCGUAUAUCCCAACCUAUGUGCCAGAGGAGGAACCAUAUGUCCCAGCUUAUGUGACAGAAGCGGAUCUCAUGUCACAUGGAAACUUACAGUUGGAUGAGUGGCUUGCGCAAGAUGGAGAGUGGAUGGGGAGCUUUCGUUGA